AUGGGUUCCAUCCCCACUGCCGCUGAGAAGAAGCCGCAUGCCGUGUGCGUACCCUACCCUGCGCAGGGACACGUCAACCCCAUGAUGAAGUUGGCCAAGCUCCUCCACUCCAGAGGCUUCCACAUCACCUUCGUCAACAACGAGUACAACCACCGGCGCCUCCUCAGGUCCCAGAGUCUCUUCUCCCUCGACGGCAUCCCCGACUUCAAAUUCAGGACAAUUCCGGACGGGCUGCCGUCGUCCGACGGCGAUUGCACCCAGGACACCGCUUCCUUGUGCGAGUCUACCAAGAACAACUGCCUGGCCCCCUUCCGGGAGCUACUUGCCGCUCUAAACGCGUCCUGCGAGGCGCCUCUUGUCACUUGCAUCGUAUCCGACAGAGGAAUGAACUUCACCCUCGACGCCGCCAAGGAGAUCGGGGUCCCCGAGGUGUGGCUCUGUACGACGAGCGCCUGCGGGUACCUGUGUUAUCUCCACUUCAGAGAACUAGUCGACAGAGGCCUCACCCCUGUCAAAGGUACAAGAGGAGAUAGAUGCCUGUUUCUCUCUCCUUCUUACUCUCUAAAUCGUACUCAAAUUUACAUUAAUCGGGCACUUCUCUCUUGGUGGAGCUAUGGAGCGCCUCACAAAGGAGUACCUCAACACCCCCAUCAAUUGGAUACCAGGGAUGCCCAACUUGCGCCUGAGGGAUCUACCAAGCUUCUGGAGGACAACGGAUCCAGAUGAUUUCAUGAUGAAGUUCAUCGUCCAGAUGUCGGAGGAUUGUUCUAGGGCUUCGGCUGUCGUUUUCAACACUUUCGACGAUUUGGAAGCUCCCGUUCUUCAGGCUCUGGCCUCCUUUGUGCCACCGGCGUACACCAUCGGCCCUCUUCCGCUGCUCGUCCAGCAGCUGCCUCACAGGCCGGUCGCGAUGGUGGGUUCCAGCCUGUGGAAGGAAGACAAUAACUGCCUCGAGUGGCUUGACCGGAGGAAGCCGGAGUCCGUCGUCUACGUCAAUUUCGGCAGCAUAACGGUGAUGACCAACGAGCAGCUGGUGGAGUUCGCGUGGGGCCUCGCCGACAGCAACCAGGACUUCUUGUGGAUCAUCCGGCCCGACCUCGUCAAAGGAGAGUCAGCGGUGCUCCCGGAGGAGUUCCUGAGGGAGAUUGAAGACCGGGGCCUUUUAGCCAUCUGGUGCUCGCAGGAGAAGGUGCUAGGCCACCCCGCGGUAGGUGGUUUCUUGACACACAGCGGGUGGAACUCCACCCUGGAAAGCAUCUGCAGCGGCGUGCCCAUGAUAUGCUGGCCUUUCUUCGCGGAGCAGCAAACCAACUGCCGGUAUUCGUGCGCGGUGUGGGGCAUCGGCAUGGAGAUCGACGGCGACGUGAGGAGGGAGGAGGUGCGGAGCCUGAUCGCGGAGCUCAUGGAAGGGGAAAAGGGUAAGGAGAUGAGGCGUCGGGCCAGGGAGUGGAAGGAGCGCGCAGUAGAUGCGACAAAACCCGGGGGUACCUCCUCCAGAAAUCUCGACGAGCUGGUGACGAAGCUAUCAACGGCUGCAUUUUCUUUGGCUGGUAGCUGA